AUGAAUCGCUAUUGGUAUUAUAGAAAUGUGGUGGACGAUCAUUUGGUUGUUCAUGGAUUUGUUGAUGGUUAUACCAAAUGGGUUUUCCACGGGGAAGGAUUUUCCUCGAGAAGUACACCUCAUGCAAGCAAUGAUGAUGAAGGUUCUACCAUGCGUGACGAUAUUGAUGGACUACUUCAUGAUACAUUUAGAAAUAUAGAGGGUCAGGUAGGGGAUGAAGAAGGAGUUGGGGAAAGACUAUCUGAAGAUGCAAAGAAGUUUUUCAAAUUGUUGGAGGAAGGAAAACAAGAGUUAUAUCCGGGGUGUGAAAAUUUUAGUAAACUGAGUUUCACUAUUCGAUUGUACUUGCUUAAAUCCUUGCAUGGGUUGAGCAAUGUGGCUUUCUCCGAUUUGUUAGAGUUGAUAAAAGAGUCAUUUCCCUUUGCUCAGGUACCAGAAUCUUUCAACAAGGCUAGAAACAUGAUAACAGAUUUGGGUCUUCAUUACGAAAAAAUACAUGCAUGCCCUAAUGAUUGCAUGUUAUUUUGGAAAGAAAAUGCGAAUGCCGAGAAUUGCUCUAUUUGUGGGUCUUCAAGAUGGAAGAGUGGUGGUCCUUUGACUAAAGCAAGCUCUAAAAUCCCUGCAAAGGUUUUAAGGUACUUUCCUUUAAAGCCUAGGCUUCAGAGGAUAUUCAUGUGUCCUGAAACGGCUGCUGCAAUGAGAUGGCAUACUAAUGAACGACCCAAUGAUGGGAACAUAAGACAUCCUGCUGAUGGGGAAGCUUGGAAGGCUUUUGAUUCUUUGCACCCAGACUUCUCUAGAGAUGCUAGGAAUGUUAGAUUGGGUCUUUCAAGUGAUGGUUUCAACCCGUUUCGGACAAUGAGCAUUUCUCAUAGCACGUGGCCUGUUAUGUCCAUCAUCUCCAGGAAAGAUAUAGAUGUGUACCUACGACCAUUAAUUGAAGAAUUGAAGGAACUAUGGGAAACUGGGAUAGACACAUUUGAUGCUGAAACCAACCAAACUUUCCGAAUGCGUGCUGCCUUAAUGUGGACAGUUAGUGACUUUCCAGCAUUAGCAAUGCUUUCAGGAUGGAGCACUAAGGGGAGAUUGGCAUGCCCCACUUGCAAUUAUGACACAUGUUCUCAAUAUCUCAAAAAUAGUCAUAAGAUGUGUUACUUGGGCCAUCGAAGAUUUUUGCCUCGUGAUCAUCCAUUCCGACGAGAUAAAAAGUCUUUUGAUGGUAAGGAGGUGCAUAGACCUGCACCUGCUCUAUUGUCGGGUGAAGAAGUGUUUGAAGAGCUGCUUGAAUUCAACAAUAUCUUUGGAAAGAGAGCUAAAAAAGGCCACGGAGUGAUAAGGGUCCGUGGAAAAAGAGAUCCAUUUUUUUCGAAUUGCCAUAUUGGGUGCAUAACAAAUUGA